AAUAAUAACUCACUUAUUUUAGGACAAUCGAGAACUCAAACACCACCAACUAAUAAUUUAUCACCGGUUCAAUUAUUUAAUCAAUCAACUGCAAACCCUUCUCCUUCUAACACAAGUACUCUUCCAUUACAGAAAAAAAAUGAUGGAAUAAGAAAAAUUCAAAAUGAUAUCAAAUCAAGAGGUCCACCUCCACAACCACCACCAUUCAAUCAAAAACCAAAUAUUCCUUCGAGUACUUCUGAGCCUGUUUCAAUUAUACCUCCCGGUGUUGGUCACAAUCUGACAGGUAGUGUCCCAAGUCUUGUGUCUGAUAAUGUGGCAGGCAGAGGUCCUCCUCCAGGGGGAUAUGGUAAGCCAAAUGUAGCUCCAAAACCACCAUCUAUCAGGCCAGCCGUGCCUACAAAAAAGUCAACGUUGACAGUUAGUUCAACUAAUUUAGUAGCAGCUGAUGGACGAAAUCUUGUUUCUAGAGCACAAAGUAUGAGGAUACCAAAAACACCUCCAGUUGCUGCAAAUAGUCAACCACCUCAAUUUAAUAACAUGACCAUCAGUAAUAAAAAUCAAUUACCUGCUUUCCAUCAAUCACAAGACAGUAUUUUGAGGAGCUCUCCAAACCCUCCACCAAAUAGCCAGUGGGGAUCACGGACGUUACGGCCYAUUAAACAUCCAARUACUAGGCCACCACCUCCACCCAUAAAAGCGCCAUUGAAUCCACCUUUGUGUGCUCCACCACCACCACCACCACCACAUAGGAGUGGGCCUCCUCCUCCACCACCAAAUGUUCCCCCUCAUAAAAGCUACCAAAAUAACAAUGUGACUAAUGGAGCUCCCCCAACACCUCCAACACGUCAUUCUUCUAUGCGAAAUGGACCUACUUCUGUUUUAAGCAUGUCUCUUUUGGAAGAAAUGGAAAUGAAGUUUUCUACUAUGUUCAAGCCAAUGGUUAGGAUUCCACCACCUCCAAUUUUCCAAAGAGUUGAUAAAAUUUAUAAUAGCAGACUAGUCGUUGCAAAACACCAAGCUCCUAAGCCACCAGGCUAUUGA